AGUGAAUUUAUCUCACCACCACAUUCUAUAGGUAAUGGUGUUGUUUCUAGAGAGGAGGCUUCAGGAGAUUUUGCCUUCAAUCAUAGAGACUCCAGAGGAUCUGGCUGAGAAAAGGUUGGGUUCUGGUGAUUCUGUAUGUACUUCAAUUGCUUCAGACCAGCAAAUCGUUGCAGUUGGUACCAGAAGAGGAAUUGUUGAGUUAUAUGACCUGGCAGAAUCAGCAUCACUUAUUCGUUAUGUUUCUUUAUCUGACUGGGGAUACACUGUGGAUGACCUUGGUGGUGUAUGUUGUAUUGCAUGGACACCUGAUGAUGCUGCUUUUGCAGUUGGGUGGAAGUUAAGAGGACUUACAGUUUGGUCUGUUUCUGGAUGUCGUUUGAUGUUGACAAUCCAUCAAAUUGGUUUGGGUUCUGUCUCUUCUCCAGUAGUUAAGCCAAGCCAGGAUUGUAAAUAUGAACCAUUGAUGGGUGGCACCUCUCUUAUGCAGUGGGAUGCAUUUGGAUAUAGGCUUUAUGCUAUUGAAGAAGGAUUCUUGGAAAGAAUUCUUUCAUUUUCUUUUGGAAACUGUUGCCUAAAUAGAGGUGUAUCAGGCACAACAUACAUUUGUCAAGUUAUUUAUGGUGAAGACAGGUUACUUGUUGUGCAGUCUGACGAUAAUGAUGAACUUAAAAUGCUACACCUAAACCUUCCAGUCUCCUACAUCUCCCAAAAUUGGCUGGUUCAACAUGUUGCAGCAAGCAAGGAUGGAAUGUAUUUAGCGGUUGCCAGUCUCCAUGGGUUGAUUUUAUAUGAUAUGCGGGUGAAGAAGUGGCAAGUAUUUGGAGAUAUCACUUAGGAGCAAAAGAUUCAGUGCAAGGGUUUACUAUGGUUUGGGAAGAUAGUUGUUAUUUGCAACUAUAUUGGUUCUUCUAACAUGUGAGUUCCAGUCUUUGUCUAUUGAGUACAUUUAAAAGGCUUGGCUUGUCUGGCCAAAGUUUUGGUUGGUGGAGUGAUCUGUGAACAGAUGUUAAAUGCGUAGGGCAUAGCUAGUUAGCUCCCAAGUCCUGGUAUGAGUUGCUUUUCUACCCAAGAUUUAAUCUUAAUCAGAGCUCACUACCAUAUCGGAAAUCAUUGCUG